AUGAAGGGCAGAGGGCAGAGCCCUAGCAAGAGUCCCACCAAGAAGCCUCCGAGUAAACUACCCAGAGCGGCUCCGCCCCAACGGCGCGACAACUCCAGCGGCUCCAGCUCCGACAGCUACAGGAGAGGUUCCCGAGGGAACAGUCCUGGAGCACCGAGGUCCCGGGGAAGCGACGACUCGAUCUAUGAGCAGAGUUUGAACGGCUCGCAGACUAGUCUUGAUCCCUUCAGCCCAGAGGAUAACAUAAACGUUGUAGUCAGAGUUCGGCCUUUAAACGACAAGGAACUCAAGAGAAAUGACCCUUCCGUCAUCAGUUUUCCUGGAAAUGGACAAAUUCUGCUUGAUGGUCUGGGAAAUGUGGCGGGGCACACCGGUUCCAAACAGAAACUUUUCUCGUACAACGUGGUGUUUGAACCAGGCGCCACCCAAGAGGAUGUAUUUCAGUUCUCGGGAGUCAAGAGGCUGGUGGAGAUGGCGGUCGAAGGGUUCAGCACGACGGUGUUCUGCUACGGACAAACAGGCAGCGGCAAAACACACACGCUUACUGGACCUCCGGGAUUGGUGGAAAAGAAUGCCGACCCGUUCUCUCCUAACCAUGGACUGGUGUUCCGAGGGUUCAUGUACCUGUUUCAACAACUACAAGAGAUGAGGGAUACUCAUUUUGUACUAAAGGCUUCCUUUCUUGAAAUUUACAAUGAGAAGGUUAUUGACCUUCUAAAUCCAGGAACAGUUAGAAAACCUCUAGCAGUUCGAUGGUCUAAGAAGUCCGGAGGCUUCUUUGUCGAGAACCUCUUCACCGUUGACUGUGAAGAACUUGACGAUCUUUUGGCUGUUUUGGAAGAAGGCAUGAGAAAUCGUUCGGUUGGAAGUCACAGUAUGAACGAACACUCAAGUAGAAGUCAUACUAUUCUAACAGUCAACAUAACUUCUGAACAGCAGAUGGAGAAUAAUGUGUUCAUCACCAAGCAAGGGAAGAUCAACUUUGUCGACCUCGCUGGGAGUGAGAUGACCAAGAAAACCCACAGUGAAGGGAAGACCCUGGAGGAAGCCAACAACAUCAACAAGAGUCUUAUGGUGCUUGGGUACUGCAUAGCAUCUUUGAGCGACAGUAAGAAGAAGAACGGCCACAUUCCAUAUAGAGAUAGUAAACUUACAAAGUUACUGGCUGACAGCUUAGCGGGUAGUGGAGUUACACUCAUGGUUGCCUGUGUAUCUCCGGCCAGAUCGAACGUGACGGAGACGUUAAACACGCUCCGAUAUGCUGCACGUGCCAAGAAGAUCCGGACAAAACCGAUAGUGGUUAUGGAUCCUCGAGAGGCUCUUAUCAUGAGCCUGAAGAGAGAGGUCGCAGCGCUUCAAGAGGAGAACGAACAUCUGAGAACAGCUCUUCACCUCAGCGCAGAAUAUGUGGCGGACUCAACUAGAGGUGAUGAAAAUAAACUUCAAUUGAAAACGCCUCCAAACUUUGACCUUGAGAAGGUUGCGAGUAUGGAAGGCUCGGAAUUGGCCGAGCUUGUAAGGCACUACGCUAAGGAAAACGAAGCUCUGCGAAAGGAAAACUCUGAGUUGUUUGCCGUAAGAGAUCUUCUGGUGCGAGAUCAGGAGAUUGUAUGUCGAGAAAAUGAGAGGUUAUUGAAGAAACUGGAGGAAGUAAAUUCAGUGUGCUGUAGGUCGCCGCUGAUACCUGCGCGACCCUCGUACUCCGGUGACCUCCUCAACUCCACAGCUGAUCUCAACAACUCCAACGUCUGGACCAACCCACUCCACGGCAGCCUCGACAAACUCAGCUCCUCCGCCAAGUACAAGGAACAUAUGACCGGGAAAGGAGCCAAGCCUCCUCACAGACUGCCCGACUCCAUUCAGAAGGAAUUGGACAAAAGGCAGAUAGGGAAAAGCCUUGCUGAGAGCAUUCGAGAUCGAAACUUAAGAAAAACAUCAAGUGAUAAAAACCCUUCAAGCAAUGGGACUAAAGCAGUAUAGAAGAAGAACCCAA